AUGGGUAAGGUGACUAGACUGUACCAGAUUAACAUGGAUCCAUCAUUACAACUGAUUCCUGAGAGUCUGGUUUUAGAUGGUGUUAAGUCCUUUGUUGGGGCAGAUUCGGUUUGUUAUAAGCUGGUUAGUAGCUUUCUAAAUCUCGAGACCUUUGAUGAGGAUGGUAGAAAGAUAUGCUUCGGUUGUAUGCCAAUUGUUGGAGAAAUCACUAGGGUCUUAUUCAAUCUUACCUUAAUGGAGUUCGACCGGCAGUUCAGCCAUAAAUAUCCAGGGAUUGCAUUUGAAAGAUUCAUAGGUAUGGUCUUUAUAGCAUGUACUGAUGAUCUAAGAAUCGAUGAAUAUCAAGUAUUUGAUAUGAUACAAGAUCUCGGGCUGUCUUGUUCAAUCGAGUAUACAGAACCAGGGCUAGAGCCUCUCUAUUGUCGCAAUAGGAUGGUUGCUCUGGACUAUGAGGGUAAGGUUGUCGUGUACAAUCCUACAGAUUACUAUCCUACAGAUUAUGGUUAG